CUCUAGAGGGCGAACCAGAGUCUAAACUGCCCAGAAAACACGAGAGGUAUUCAAUUCAUGGGAUAACGGCCGGCACAGGUCGUGCUGACAGAUGACCCGUCGGAAAGGUAGGCGGGGCAACCGGGAUGGUGGGGCUAACAACGCCACAGGUCAACCGGCUAUGCCACCGGCUACGCCUCGGAACCAGCCUGGGAGCUCUGUUACACCCGUAAGCGGGGGUAUGCAGCCAGGAUGGGGCCUUCGUCAGCUUACGGUAGGCACGCUAACCCCCCGUACUCCAGUGGUCGACAACUCAGGAGGAGACGCAACAAGUGAACGUCGACGGAUCGGGAGCAGGGGAGAGGGCAACGUAACCACUGAGGUGCGCCCCCCCCCCGCCGCGACAAAGCGCGACGCGAGAGAUUCCGGAAGCGCAGGAAGAGGCUCUCUAUUGGUGUCACGGGUGGUGGCCUACCCAAUCUUGAGAGCAAGCUCGAGGAGGAGGAUUAGUACAGACAGCAAGGCGAGGCGAGGAGGGAGGCAUCGGCCCGUAAAGCUCGCGCGAUUGCCAAAGACGAACGGCGACAAGCAGAGUCCGCGGGCAAUCACCCCGUUGAGCCUCGGCGUAGGAGUCACGGCGGGAACCCAAGAAAAGCCGGUUAUCAGCCUGGAAAGCGGAAUGCGGGUAGGGGAUUUUCUGCCCCAGCGGUGCUAUUUGUACGCCAACCAACAAGCAAGAAGCGAAGAAAGGCGUGCGAGCGUAUGGNGUACAGACAGCAAGGCGAGGCGAGGAGGGAGGCAUCGGCCCGUAAAGCUCGCGCGAUUGCCAAAGACGAACGGCGACAAGCAGAGUCCGCGGGCAAUCACCCCGUUGAGCCUCGGCGUAGGAGUCACGGCGGGAACCCAAGAAAAGCCGGUUAUCAGCCUGGAAAGCGGAAUGCGGACCACCCUGGCACCGAGUGUAGCAAAUGCCGAUCAUCCAGCUGGUGUAGAUGCGGAGGGUGUAGGCCUUGAGAUGGGAGGGGCGAAGAAGUACUGGGGGAAAAUAUUCGACAAGUGGAUCGUUUCAUCGGUAGACAUGGACCUAUGGAUGAUCAUUCUACUAGCGAUGACCACUGGUUGGCUUCGGCCUCGUGGCGAAGGGGCGGUUGACGUGACGGUCCAGAAGGUCGUGGGUGGCGAGACCAAGUUACUGUGGAUAAACAAAGUAUUCGCCAGCAUCUGCGAACUCCAGGACGGAAGCGAGUCCGCGUGGCCGCUAUUGACCUUCAGGGGCUGGAUUCCCACGGACAACGAUAAGGUCCGUCUGUUCGUCCUAACGUUCCUGGAGUCGGGCUGUGACUACCUCCCGGCAAUUUCCGGGCUGCCGUUCGACAAGAUGUGGGUACUGGCCCUCAAGAGCGUGCGGACGGAGGGUUUGUUUGGCAGACCGCUGUUCUUCGAGGAGCAGGAUGGCACGUGGGCCGUGCAUGUCGACGAAUGCGCGAAGCUUUUGGCGACCAUGUUCUUCUACAAGGAUGAAGCGGCGUUUGGCACUGCUCAUUUGACUCCAGCCCAGCUGGUCGAAAGCGUUGACGGCGACGUCGAGGGCUACGUGGACGUGAUCCGUUACGCCAUCCUCCAACUCCCCAAGAAGACGACAGCCACCUGUCCAUUUUUUUUUUCUUGCGCAAGCGGGCAGAACGAGGUGCAGGUGCAAGAACAAGAAGUGCUCGNCGAACUCACAAAGGAGAACUGCGUGCUUGACCUGUCCGAGUGCACGAACAAGAAGUGCUCGCUCGCUUGCGGCUGCAGAAAUCGUUGCACCCCUACGGCGGGCGGCGCCGGCACCCGUGCGUGCAGGGGGGAGGAAUCGCACGGAGCGGAACAGAACGACGUGGAUGCGGGGACCCCUGAGUCGCCUGCGAGCAAGGACGUUUCCGCCGGCGAGGCCGCGGAAUCUAAGCGCGCAGAGUUAGAGGACCCCGAGUCGGACGAGAACGGCGACGGUUCGGUCGGUGCACUCGACGAUUUGAUCAAGUUGGGUUCGAGCGAAUCUGGCUCCAGCGAUGGGGAACCUGAUGGGGUUAGCGAGAAGAGCGUCGACUCCAACUGGAGUGACGGAGACACAGAUGAUGGNACGACGUGGAUGCGGGGACCCCUGAGUCGCCUGCGAGCAAGGACGUUUCCGCCGGCGAGGCCGCGGAAUCUAAGCGCGCAGAGUUAGAGGACCCCGAGUCGGACGAGAACGGCGACGGUUCGGUCGGUGCACUCGACGAUUUGAUCAAGUUGGGUUCGAGCGAAUCUGGCUCCAGCGAUGGGGAACCUGAUGGGGUUAGCGAGAAGAGCGUCGACUCCAACUGGAGUGACGGAGACACAGAUGAUGGUGUUGCGGAUCUCGUAACCGACGCCUGGAACUGAGAUCUGGCUACUUCUUCAGGCAGGGAGGUGGACGGGGGGCAAUAUUUUUCGGCCGCGCUGAGUGUCCGUUGUUUAUUGGCAUAGUAUUUUGUUAGUCGCAAACCGCCUGGUACAGGGGUGCUGUUUGCGUUUCGGGCCUGUCUGUGUCGUUUGUACUGACUAUAAAUAAGGUGUUUGUUGUUUCCUUCAGUUCGGGCAUGAUGUUGAUAGGUGUGGGCAACCCGGGGGGAGCAGUCUUGUGUGCGGUCUUCGUGUGCACAAGUCAGAAGUGUGUGCGGUGCAACACCUCAGCAGGAGAGGGGGGCACCCCAACAGCAAUUUCAGUUCAAAUCUAGCCGACGCCAUUGAAGAGUAUUCCACGUGCAGCACGUCUUGCAGCACAAUUCCAAGUGCUGUACAACCGCAAGAUCAGCAGCUAACGUUACCAAUGCUCGGUGUUGCCGGUGGCGUGACAGAAAAUAAGCAUGGUGCCUGUAUGUUAAUGCAAGUUUUGAACUUCAUCUGUGUCUACCUCUUGAUUCCCGCCACCAAUCAAGCUCAACCCUUCUGCAAUAUACUCUAUGGUGCUCAGUUCAUCUUCCCUCAAAAGUUGGUGGCGAUUGAUGCUGUAGUGGGCGCGUUCUUGUGCUUGGUCGCUUUGGUGGGUGCACAGCAGGGUGGUUGCGCCGCGUAGAUACGAGUCUCGCAUUUUUGUUGGGGAGGGGCUGCGUGUUGCGCCGACAAGUUUGAAGCCUACAGUGGACGGAAUUUGGCAAAUCUUGNUGGCGUGACAGAAAAUAAGCAUGGUGCCUGUAUGUUAAUGCAAGUUUUGAACUUCAUCUGUGUCUACCUCUUGAUUCCCGCCACCAAUCAAGCUCAACCCUUCUGCAAUAUACUCUAUGGUGCUCAGUUCAUCUUCCCUCAAAAGUUGGUGGCGAUUGAUGCUGUAGUGGGCGCGUUCUUGUGCUUGGUCGCUUUGGUGGGUGCACAGCAGGGUGGUUGCGCCGCGUAGAUACGAGUCUCGCAUUUUUGUUGGGGAGGGGCUGCGUGUUGCGCCGACAAGUUUGAAGCCUACAGUGGACGGAAUUUGGCAAAUCUUGGUUCCCUAGAUAGCCCCUGGAAUAGUCUACUGCUGUAAACCGUAAGCCUUCGGUGGAUGUACGCUGGUCGCGCUGCUCUUCUGCGUAAAACGAUAAUCUUUGUUCCUCCGCCACCUUUCUUUUUUUUCAGUCG